UUUUGUUAAACAAUUUUAAUAAAUUUAAAGUUCUAAAAUGGCACGUUAUUUUAAAGAACAAGAUAUAGACGAAUUUCGUGAGUGUUUUUACUUAUUCGCACGAUCAGGCCAAAUUACUACUUUAGACGAAUUGACCGUCAUAAUGCGUUCUUUAGGGUUAUCACCUACUAUACAGGAACUUAUCGCAUAUUUAAAGAAGAAAAAUGGUAAAAUGAGUUUUGCUGACUUUUUAGAAAUCAUGCAUCAGCAUUCCAAAGUGGAAAAUUUGCCUGAUGAAGUGAUUGCAGCCUUUAAAGCAGCAGAUCCUAAAAACACUGGUUGUAUAUCAGCAAAGCAACUCAGAAAUUUACUUCAAAAUUGGGGUGAAGGGUUAUCUGUACGCGAGGUUGACAAUAUAUUCCGCGAAGCAAAUGUUGGUAAUAAUAGCAUGGUCCGGUAUGCAGAUUUUGUUAAAAUUGCUUGUGCACCUGUGCCUGACUAUUACUGAUAUGUACAAAAAAAAAAUAUAUACAGAAAUCAACGUUACAUUCCAGAUUUUCCUUAAAACAAUUCAAAGAAGAAAUAACUACAAUUCUUGUAACUAUUAAAAUAAAAACAAUAAAAUUUAA